CACCGUUCACGCCACCCUCUCCUAGCGGCAGCGACGACGACGUGGGCUCUCUCCCCGACCUGCUGCGUGCGCUCAUCGCCCUCGUGUGGCCGCUGCUCGUGCUGCUCGCAUCCUUCUUUGCCCUCAAGGACGACCCGAUGGUGUCUGCUGCCAACCUCGCUGUGCUCUGCUGGGGCCUCAGGCCCGAUGAGGAGAGCCUUCAGAUUUGGCUGGAGCAGAAGCGGAGCGAGGAGCUGAAGGACAAGAAUGGGCUAGACUGGGCCAAGUCUCAGGUGAUGGGAGCUGUGGUGAAGGUCGAAUAUACCGACUACUGGUUCUUCUCCCUCGCUAAAGUGUCAUCCCUGACAAGCAGCUACACUGUAGUCGGCAUCCUCAAUAACUGGUUCACUGUUGCCACCACCAAGCAGUCCCUGCAGUUUCCAGGUCUCAGAGACCGAGACUCUGAAUACUGAUCCAAAGCUCGCGUGUUUAUGGAGAACCCAAGUUACCAGCUUUGAUGGUUCUACCUCAGCACUACUUAAGUGGUGGUGACACAGUUCAGAGCGUCCGAUUACAAAAUGCUAUCAUAUAAUUUUAUAGUCGACUGUGGACGUGUCGAUGUAGUAUAAUGGU